AUGAGUGCAAAUAUACAAGAUCGUAUAAAAGAAAAAGUUGAUUAUAUCUAUCAACGUUUACGUACACAAAUGUCCAGCAUCGGGUCAUCAACUACAUCUGAUAAACAUGUAUUUUUUGUAUUUGGUGCAUCUGGUGAUUUAGCUAAAAAGAAAAUCUAUCCAACACUUUGGUCACUUUAUCGUGAUGGUUUAGUACCAGAAAAUAUUCAUUUUAUUGGUUAUGCUCGUAGUCAAUUGACAACUGAGAAAAUAUUUGAAAAUGCUCAUAAAUACAUGAAAGUUAAAGAUGAUGAACAUGAGGCUUAUGAAAAAUUUCUUAAACUUAAUUCAUAUGUCCCAGGUUCUUAUGAUAAAGCUGAAGAUUUUGAACAUUUACAUUCUGAAACAAAUAAAAUAACCAAACAACCAACUGCUCAUCGAUAUUUCUAUUUAGCAUUACCACCCAGUGUUUAUGAUAGUGUAUCAGAAAUGAUCAGUAAACAUUGUCGACCAGAAUCACCUGGAUUAUUACGUUUAAUCGUAGAGAAACCAUUUGGAAAAGAUCUUGAAAGUUCAAAUAAAUUAUCUGAACAUUUAAAUAAAUCUUAUUCAGAAGAGGAAAUCUAUCGUAUUGAUCAUUAUUUAGGAAAAGAAAUGGUACAAAAUAUAAUUGUACUUCGAUUUUCCAAUAAAAUAUUUUCACGUGUUUGGAAUCGAGAUUCAAUUGCAGCUGUAAAUAUUAUUUUUAAAGAAGAUAUUGGAACACAAGGACGUGGAGGUUAUUUUGAUGAAUUUGGCAUUAUUCGAGAUGUGAUACAAAAUCAUUUAAUGCAAAUUUUAUCAAUUCUUGCUAUGGAAAAACCACGUUCAACAACAGGUGAAGAUAUACGUGAUGAAAAAGUGAAAGUAUUACGUUGCAUAGCACCUAUUAAAUUAGAAGAUGUUGUUAUUGGACAAUAUACUGGUGAUAAAGAAUCAACAGAUCCUGAACAUCAAGAAGGUUAUUUAGAUGAUAAAGGUGUACCAAAAGAUUCAACAACACCUACAUUUGCACAAGUUGUUCUUUUCGUUAAUAAUGAACGUUGGGAUGGUGUACCAUUCAUACUUCGCGCAGGUAAAGCAUUAAAUGAAAAGAAAGCUGAAAUUCGUAUUCAAUUUCGCGAUGUACCCGGUGGAAUGUUUGAUGAUAAUAUUCAAGAGAAUAAUCCAAAUGGUAAAUUAGCUCGUGAUGAACUUGUUAUACGUGUUCAACCAAAUGAAGCUGUUUAUCUUAAAUUAAAUACAAAACGACCUGGUGAAAUGGAUUUUAGUAUUGAAGAAACUGAAUUAGAUUUAACUUAUAAAGAACGAUAUCAAGAUGUUAAAUUACCUGAUGCAUAUGAACGUUUGAUACUUGAUGUAUUUACGGGUUCAAAAAUAAAUUUUGUACGUUCAGAUGAAUUACAAGAAGCAUGGCGUAUUGUUGAUCCAGUAUUAGCUGAAAUUGAUAAGAAAAAAAUUCCUGUUAUACCAUAUAAAUUUGGUGCUGUUGGUUUACGUGAAGCAUUCGCUGGAGCAGCUAAACAUGGUUAUAUUUAUACCGGUACAUAUGUAUGGAAAGAUGAACGAUCAGGAUCAAUUACAAGUCCAUACAAAGAUAAAGAACGUACUAAGUCAAAUGCAGCAGACAAAAAAUAA